AUGGCUUCAGAUCACAUCGUAGUGGCUGCUCUGGGUCGACGGUUCGCUUUAGGGAAACUGUACGACGCUCGAAAUGAUACCAUCACAGAUAACUUACUGUGGGCUGGUAAAAAAAUAGAAGACAAUACAGUGGAGAGUUCACACAGAAACAGUGCAUUUCAAAUGACUACAUCUGAUACCCUAGAAGAAAAGUCUUCUCUGUUGGAUGUUGAAGCUUCUAUGAAAGCCAGUUUCCUGAGUGGACUGGUUGAAGUUGGAGGAUCUGCGAAGUAUCUGAAUGAUGAGAAGAAAUCCCAGAAUAAAAACAAAAUAACACUUCAGUACAAAGCUACAACCACCUACAAACAUUUGUCCAUGGGUCCCAAGAACAUGCAGGUAGUGGACGACGUUUCGAAGGGUUCGGCAACACAUGUAGUCACAGGGAUCCUUUAUGGGGCAAAUGCUUUCUUUGUCUUUGAAAGUCAAAGGUUAGAGUCCAGCAGUGUUCAGGACAUGCAGGGUAAGAUUGAAGCUGUGUUUAAGAAGAUUCCUUCUGUCAGUGUGGAGGGGCAAGCCUCUCUCCAACUGAGUGACAAAGACAAAUCCCUGGUCAACAAUCUGUCCUGCAGGUUUUAUGGGGACUUCAUCCUUGAAAGCAACCCGACAACUUUUGAAGAGGCAAUAAAGACCUACCAGCAACUUCCAAACCUACUGCGUGAAAAUGAAGGGAAAUCUGUUCCUAUGAAAGUCUGGCUGACACCGUUGAAGAAUUUGGUUCCCAGCUCGGCAGACCUGAACGGUGAAAUCUGCAUUGGACUGAUCACAAAAGCUGAAAAAGCCCUAGAAGAUGUGAGGGAAAUGGAAGUGAGAUGCAAUGAUUCUCUGGAAGACAAAGUGGUAGGGAAAUUCUCCCAGGUUGAAGAAAAGAUGCAGCGUUUCAAAAAGCGGUGCAGUGAUUAUACAUUUCACCUCCAGGGGAUCAUGAAAAAGAAGUUUCCUUCUAUCCGUGCAGGUGAAGAAGAUGAACAGGCGGUGGAGAAACUCUUUGAUGACAGAGAGAAGUCACCAUUCAGUCAUGACAGAUUAAGCAAGUGGAUGGAUGAUAAAGAGAGAGAAAUUAAUGUCAUUAAGAGCUGGACAGGUAUAAUGGAAAAUAUACCCAUCGUCAGCAACAAGUCAGAGUUGGAUGCAAAGGUUCUUGCUCCAGGUGUAAAGCACGCUCUGUGCUUCACUUUCACCUCCCUGGGAACCGAUGAGCCCUACCUUGACCAGUUGACCGACUACUUACAUUCACACGACUUAGAAAGUACCAGGAUUGUCCCUCCAACAACACAGGACCAGUGGUACUCCUCACCUGAAGUGACGACCACAAUGAGAAAAAAAGCCAAAACCUUCCACAGACUUUUCAAAGCCCUGAAGAGCCAGAGAGUCUCUUUCCUCAUAGCAGCUGUCGAAAAUGAGAAGUACAAAGGAGCAACCAUCUACCAUUUCGAGGAGGGCCAUCAGGUCACAGAUAAUUUCAUACUGCCUGCCCUCCCUCCUGUUCAGACCAUAACAGACAAAAGAGAUCUCAUCUGGUAUGCCUGUGAUCUGACCCUGGACCCAAACACAACAUAUGGCUACCUCACUCUGUCUGAGGACGAGAAAAAGGCAACGUAUGGACCGUGGCAGGAGUAUCCUCCACACCCAGACAGGUUUGACCAGCGUCCUCAGGUGCUGUGCACAGAGGGGCUGACUGGGCGGUGUUACUGGGAGGUAGAGUUCAGUGAGGGUUAUUACAAUGAAGUAGGUGUAGGUGUUACCUACAAAGGAAUUGCCAGGAUAGGAAAGGACAGCAGCAGUGGGCUUGGAUCUAACACCAUAUCCUGGUACUUUGGCCUAUACGGCAAUGACCUCUGUGCAUGGAACAAUGGUAAGGUGUGGACAGACGUUAUUCCUCCUGCUGGCUGCAAACGAGUUGGAGUGUAUCUGGACUGGCCUGCUGGCACUUUGUCCUUCUAUAGGGUCUCCCCAAACACUAACAGAGUCAGUCACCUGUACACCUUCCGCACCAGAUUCACUGAGAGUGUUUACCCAGGAUUCUACAUCUAUAAUCAAGACAACUACGCUGCCCUGCAUCCAGUAGUGUAG